AUGGCGCCGCCGACCUCAGUACAUCAAGCGACACGCCCGCCGGCGUUCUCCAGCGCUUCCCUUAUUCCCGCAGCCGGAAGCGGAGCGGCCGAGCGGGAAGCCUGGCUUCGGGCGGGUGGUCGUCUGGGCGGCGCUCGGGCCGCGGUUGUGUGGCUGCGCUGGCGCUGCAGGGCGGGAUGCCGUAUCCCCGGGAGAGCCCGUCGCGGGAGCGCAAGGAGCUGGACGGCCUCUGGAGCAUCCGCGAUAACUUCUCCGACGACCGGCGCCGGGGCUUCCUGGAGCAGUGUCUGGCCCCACCCUGGACAUGCAGGUUCUCUCCAGCUUCAAGAACAUCUGCCAGGACUGGUGGCUAUGCCAUUUUGUCAGCUGGGUAUGGUACGAACAGGAAGUGACCCUGCUGGAGUGGUGGACCCAGGACCUGCACACAAGAAUGGUGCUGAGGAUUGGCAGUGCCCACUCCUAUGCCACUGUGAUAUCCCAAGGGUUACUUUGUCCAGAACACAGACUUUGACUUCAGCUCGGUGGGACUACAGCAGUCUGAGCUUCUGUUCACGACACCCACCACCUGCAUCGAUGACAUCACCAUCACCACCAGCGUGGAGCAAGACAGUGGUGAGGGCUUCCGGUGACUGAGAAGUGGGCCCAGGGCACCUUCAGACUCAACCCCAAUGAAGAGGACAUCCACAUAGCUAGCGAGCACUGCCUGAAGACAGCAGUGGAGACCUCAGGACAUGGGCCAGUUGUGGCUCAUGCUUAUAAUCAUAGCACCUUGGGAGG